GGGCAGGGCCCCACCACUCCGCGCUGCCCUGUGAUGAUGCUGCUGGUGCUGCUGACGCUCUCCUGGCUGCCCUGCGGAGGCGCCCUGUCUCUUGCCCAGGAGCACCUCCGGGUCUUCCCGGGACCCUCACACGCGCACUCCAGUCCGAAUAGCUCCAGAUUCCAGGAGUUGAGGAAACGCUACGAAGAUUUGCUGACCAGGCUUCGAGCAAACCAGACCUGGGAAGACUCGAACCCUGACCUCAUCCCUGCCUCUCACGUCCAGAUACUCACCCCAAAGCUGAAACUUGGACCAGGCGGCCACCUGCACCUGGGCAUCCCCAGGGCCAACCUGACUAAGGGGCUCCCCGCAGCCUCCCGCCUGCAUCGGGCCCUGCUCAGGCUGUCCCCGACGGAGUCCGGCUCGUGGGAUGUGACGCGGCCGCUGCAGCGUCAGAUCGGCUUCGGUGUCUCCCGGGAGCCCGCCCUGCGUCUGAACUGGCUGCCGCCAUCUGAUCGGUUGCUGGCGGCCUCGACUUCUGCGGGGCUCCGGCUGGAGCUGCACUGGCGGCCACGCGCCGCCAGGGAACGCCGCAGCACGCAUGCGCGCGCUCAGGACGGCUGCCCGCUCGGGGAGGGCCGCUGCUGCCGCCUGCGGAGCCUGCGCGCAUCGCUGGAUGACUUGGGCUGGGCCGACUGGGUCCUGGCGCCCCGCGAGCUGGAUGUGCGCAUGUGCAGCGGCGCGUGCCCGAGCCAGUUCCGGUCGGCUAACAGGCAUGCGCAGAUGCUGGCGCGUCUGCACCGCCUGAAGCCCGAGGGCGUUCCCGCGCCGUGCUGCGUGCCCGCCAGCUACGAGCCAGUGGUGCUGCUGCACCGGGACAGCGAGGGCCGCGUGUCCCUCACGCCCUUCGACGACCUCGUGGCCAACGACUGCCACUGCGUCUGAGCGGACCUAGACCUUCAUCCACGGCCCGUGCUCAGUGGAGGUGACCUCAGUCCU